UUCUCUCUCUACCUGCAAUUCUCAAUACCCUAAUUUAAUUUAAAAAUGGCAGAAACUCAGCCAAAGCGCCCCAGAGAAGAACCCCUCCAAGAUUCACCCAACCUAACAAAUUCCGGCGACUCCAAACGCCAUAAACUUUCCGACGACAACAGCAAAGCCGACAUUCUCAACUUUCUCGACGAGGACGAAGACGACGCCGGCCCCAGCCACGACCUGACGGCCAUAUUCACAACCUUGCAGCAGGAGCUCGACGCCGGCGGCAGCCUCCGGUCGCCGCCUCCGGCGGCCGAUAUUGACGCCGGAGAUGAAUAUGAGGCUGCGAAAUCCGUCAUCAGACACCUCCUCGAAGCCUCCGACGAUGAGCUCGGAAUUCCUAACCGGAGGGAGGAUGAUAGUAACUUUGAUUUGAUAAAUUCCGGCGAAUCUUUGCCGUAUAAUUUUUCCGACGACGGCGGGCUCUGGGAGCUCGAAGACGAGAAUGCUAACUAUUACUAUACUGUGUUGCAGUCGGAGCUUUUCAUGUAGGAAUUUGACUUGGACCCUUUUUGGGGUUGGAAAUGAGAAUUAGGAAAAUGUUAGGGAUGUAAAUGGUGAAAAACAGAAGGUUAGGGGCAAAACCGUGAAAGGUAAUAGAGGACAUUUCAAACCAGUCCCUUAUCUUUUGAGAA